UCCUGCUAUGGCACCAAGUCUGUCGGCCGCAUUUGCUAACCUUCUCCGGUUUCCAUUUCCUGGGGAUGGACGGCGCGCACAAUGUCCUCAAGCUCAUCUACCGGCAGUUCCGGCUGUAACGUUACUUCUUGCGGCCGUCCGGUCUGGACGUCCCUUCUGCAUAUCGGGCAGCGAUCAAGGCGCGGAACACAGACCUCACAAAAUCCAUGGCGGCAUGGCAGCUCAACAUAUCUACGUCCAAUGGUACGAAACUCUUCAGCACACACGAUACAGGCAGAAUCGGACUCUGAGCCUUGGCUUGCUGCGUGUUCGUCGAGACAGCCGCCAACGCGUUCCGCAUCCUGGCCUGUGCCUGCAAACCAGCCACGCGAGAAGUACCACCCAUAGGCUGUCGAGGCAUUCUGGCAAUAGCCUGCUGCAGAUCGUUGAGGCGGUCGAGGAGGUUCUCCACCGUAAUUGUCGCCUGCUGACCUUCGGUCUCUCCCGCUCUGGAAGUCGAAGGCGCUAUUUGUUCUGGAGAUUGGUCGGACUCUGAUUGAGGGGUGGCCGAAGCCGUUCCAUCUGUUGUAGCCUGCCGUGGCUCGGUCGUUGCACGAGCUGACCGUGUCACAUCAUUCCACUGGGCUGUAGGUGCUUCGCUAGCUGGCGUCGCCUCUCGUGAUACUGAGUACCAUCUGAAGCACUCUCUAUCCUCCUG